GUGGAGAAGAGGGCGGGAUCUGGUGGGGGUCCCGCGGGGGCUGCGGUUCGUAUGCGCUGAAGGGGUGUCUGUAUUUGCUUGUUGCAUAGGCAUUGCUCGUUGACAGUGGGCUUGAUACCCACUGGCACCGAAUCCCCUAUGGAUGCAUAGUCAUCUGGGCUUGUUCGGACGUGUUCAGAUCUACGUAUACUUCUUGAAGCUCGUGAUUGUGGCCUGCUGACAAUGGAUGUCAGUUCAUUACAAGCCCUGGAGCAUCUGAUGAAUGAGUUCUUUGCGGCGGGCACCACAAACAGUCGCAAGCAGCAAAUAGAAAAAGCCUUGGAGGAGUUCAGCCAGCAACCAGCAGCAUGGAAGAACUGUCUGCUCUGCAUUGCUGGCACAUCCAACCCCUAUGUCAGCAUGUUCUGCAUGACAUCACUCGAGAGUGUGAUCAACAAGCAGUGGCUCGGUCUGAGGUCGGAGGAGCGUGCGGAGAUCCGUGGCUCCCUGUACAGGCUCUGUCUGGAGCGACACCACCUGCUGGCGCCGUACCUGCGCAACAAGGCCGUCAAGCUGGUGGUGGACGUGGCCCGCCUCAGCUGGCCCCAGUUCUACCCUGACUUCUUCAGCAACAUAAUCACUCUGGUGCAGUCGCCGGACGCGGCGCCUCUGGGCCUGCUGUUUCUGCUGACGGCCGCCGAGGAGCUGGUGGCGCCGCGCGAGGACAUCAGCUGUGCGCGCCGCGCCGAGCUGCGCCAGCUCCUGCUGCGUGAAGUGCCCGCCACGCUCACCGUGCUCACCGGCAUCUUGAGGUCCGUUCUCGAGUCGAAUAAGUCCAACGUGACAGCGACGCCGCCGCCGUCGCCCGAGCAACCGCGAUCGCAGCGCCGCCCUGAUGGCAGCCCGGCGCAACAUCUGUUCGCGCCGGCCGCCAACCCCAGCACACUGCUCAGCUGCAUCCUGACAUCUGACGGCGUCGAUAAGAACCCCUUCUGUCUAAUGGCGCCGCUUGAUGGGGAGACAACGCAUAUUGUCGCCUUGACUCUCAAAUGUCUCUGCCAGCUGUUCUCGUGGGUGCCGCUCUCGUCGAUGAUCACCUCCGAGCUGGUCACUGCUGUCUUCCACUUCGCCUCCGUGGGCUUCUCAAGGGAGGGUGACGCGUCAGAUGGGGACCGGGGCGGCGGCGCGGCCGGCUCGCGGGAGCCGCUGGGCGUCAUCGCCAUCGCCUGCAUCAACGAGAUCAUCAGCAAGAACUGUGUACCGCCGGAUUUCGAAGCAUUCCUGCUGCAGCUGUUCAAGCACACAUUCCAUUUACUGCAACGUCUUCUGGAAGAGGGGAGCAAAACGUCUUGUAAGCUCUCAGAAGUGGACCCAGACUACCUGAGCGGCCUGACCGAGUUCCUGCGUCUGUUCGUGACGCUUCACCUGCGCCGGCUGGAGGCCUGGCCCCAGUUCCCGGUGCUGGACCUGCUGGCUCUACUCUUCCGCUACACCUUCCUGCAGCCCGACCUGGACGCCUACUACGGCUGCCUGGACAUCUGGGCCGUGUUCCUCGACCAUCUGGCCACCAAGUGCAGCCUCAAGACUGAGAACCGCGAGGCUGUCGCCGCCAAGUACCACGAGGCGGUGCUGUCGCUGGCGGGCCAGGCGCUGCAGCGGACUCAGCUGCGGCGGCACGGCGCCGAGCUGGAGCGGCUCGACGACGAGCGCGAGGACCCGGACGGCCAGACCGAGUGGAGCGAGCUGCUGCGGCGCACGGCCGACCUGCUGGAGCGCGUGGCCACGCUCUACCCGCUGGACGUGCGCGCUCUGCUGCUGACCGGCUGGCACGAGACGCUCGAGCCGUACGUGUCGCUGCCGUCCCUGUGCGAGCCGACGGCGGCCGGCCGCCGGCUGCGGCUGGCACCCGACGCCGACCCGUCACGCCUGCAGGCGGCGCUGCGCGACCUGGCCACGCACCUCUACAUGCUGGGUCGGCUGGUGAGCGCCGCCGCGUUCGGCUCCGCUCAGCGGCUGCACGAGGCCGAGCUGCCGCCGGGCGCGCUGCGGCCCACCCUAGUGGAGGUGCACGCCCAGAGCCUGGCCACGCUGCGGCCCUGGUGCCACUGGAUGACGGCCGCGCUCGCCGGCCACCUCUCCACCAGCGUUCAGGUGGACGACCUGGUGGCCGAGAUGACGGUGGCGGUCACGGUGCGCUCGGGCGCGCUGGUCGACUGCCCGCAGAUCCAGCAGCUGUAUGGUCGCGCCGGGCAGCUGACGCUGGGCAAGCAGGACCGCCUGCUGCUGUACCGGGCGCUGUCGAGCCUGCUGCUGCUGCCCUGGCAGCGGGCCGGGGACCAGCUGUGGGAGGAGCGGCGUCGCCACCUGGCCGUCUUCCUCGACUCGCUGACGGCCGACUUUCGCCGGCUGCGGCUGACGCCCGGCCUCGCCGACAGCAGGGAACUGCGCGACCGAGCCAAGCCCGUGAUCAGCCAGACCCUCUCGACGCUGUCGGAGAUCGUGACCAACGUGCGCAGCGAGGUGACCAAAACCAAGCAGCUGUGCCACGACUGCCUGCAGGACACCAUCCGGGACUCGCUCUGGGUCUUCACCGUGUUCGCCGCGCAGCCCGACGUGUGCCAGGACGUGCUGUCCUUCUUCCUGGCGGCGUUCGAGGCGCUGCGGGCGCAGAUGGGCGGCCAGUUCGCCGAGCAGUGUGUCCAGAUGUUCAUCGACGUCUUCAGCAGGGACGCGCUGGCCAGGAACAUGCUGGAAGAGGCUGCCGGCCUGACUCCGCUCCCGCUACCGGCCUGA